AUGCAUAUCAAGUGUCUAAAGCUUACUUAUCUAAAUUUAUCUACUAAAAUUAAAGGAAUCAUUUGCUUAUAUCUUUAUGUGGGUUUUCUAAUUCUACCUGUUCAUCUUGUGUUGCCUUCAAAGAAUAGCUCUUCAUGUUCUAUUUAA